CGUAUGGAGUGAUCGAAACUACGACCGCUCCGAAUGGAUACAUGCGGACUCGCGAGCUAUCGCUGCUAAAAUGAGGGGAGGACUUGCUGCCGAAUCCGAGAUGCUGAGAGAGACGUCGCGAUCAGACAGCUUGGAUGGAUUCAGUACAGUUCCGGAUAACGAGGAGGAUGAAUGGGGCUAUGGCCCGAUCGGCGGUGCAACAGAAUUUCCUGGAGAAUCGGCGCAUGAUCCUCAGGACUCCGAGAGUGCUUCGAGCCCAUUCAACCUGACGAGUUGGAAAGCCGAUCUCGGUUCUGCCCAUACUGCUCAACUGGAUCAAACUAACGGUCGGGGCCCGCGUCCCUUUUCUAAUAUAUCUGCCGUGAUCGCUCUGCCCAACGCAACACCUGCUCCGCUCCGACCGUCUCGGAAACCGCUUCCUGGAAGAGCGAUCAAUGCGCAGACUUUCGCUAAAGCGCCUCCUGCAUCUUUCUACGCUGCAUAUCUGGAAAAUUUGGCUGGACCGGACCCUUCGCCUUUGUCGAAUUCUCUCUGGCAGAACUAUGUGGAUGCGGCUUCAAGCCCCAUACAGAUUGAUGACCACAAAGCGCUCAAACCCGGCGGUCCCUACGCCUCCAGCAGCGAGCAAGGCUUUCUAGACACCACUGGGAUACCGACCCUUUUCUUUCGGGAUGACUUCGACCUCGGAAACCCUUUGAUUUGGGAAAGCCUGACUCGGGGCCUGGAAGCACAGGCUGCUCCGGCGGACGACGCUGCCGUUGUCCACAUGUUAUCGGAUCAUCUUGACGUUUUGGAGACGCAUUUGGUCCGGGAAGUUUCUCAGAGAGCGCCGAUGUUCUUUUCCGCCUUGACCAACCUACAACAUCUCACAUCUGAGUCGGCUAUAUGUCUAGAGCAGAUCACUAGUCUGCAAGCGACUCUCUCAGACCUCGAUAACAGGGUCCCGCUGCACGGCCUGCUCGUCGCCGAAACUCAGCACGACCUGGAUCAAUGUAGACGGGUCUCUUCCGGCUUGGCAGCCAUACAAGGAGCGGUCGACUCAGUGUAUUUGGCUCGACAAUUGAGUCAGAACCAGGAUUGGACGGGUGCACUUGACGCUUUAACUGAAUUGCAGCAGUGGUGUUCGAGGCACAACGGAACCGAGACAGCGAUCAACCAACAAACUUCGGCUGCCCAGCGUGAGCCGCACACCCGUGGAGCGAACUCUUCCCUUCCGGCCCUCCCAGAAAUAUCGGAGGACAUGAACGGAGACAUACCAGCGAUCGCAAGAGCCGAGAGCCGGGAAAGACUGACGCCUCUCGCGCUCGCAUCUCUGUCGUCGAUACAAGAUGUAAUCAGCAGCUUGAAGCCGAUGAUCGAUAGUAUGAGAUCAGAAAUAAAGGUAUCUCUUUCUCAACAUUUCAACUCUGCUAUCGAAAGCCAGGCGGCAAGACUGGAGGGGAAUCGAGGACUGACACCGGAUACGCCAAUGCCAAUCUCGCUCGCUCAACCGAUAUUUCGCGCUUUCGUUCGAUGCGGUGGCUCCGUUGGUGACAUCGUUGGACUUUGGCGAAUUGCAUGUCUCAAGGUGGUCCGGGAAGGAAUGCGGAAACACCUGCAGUUCGAAGACGUUUUGCCCGAAGAUGACGCUGAUGUCGCUCUGGAAAUAAAGAGCACCAGCCUCGGACUCGCACUCAAGUCCAUGACACACCAAGCUUUCUUUGACUUGUGUACUCGAAUGUACGACACUAUGCUACAACUCCUGCGCAGCGUUCGAGAGGACAACCGGCAGCUUUCAGAGCAAUUGCUGAAAGUGGCGUCUGCAAACAGCGAGACGGGGAUUUCCGGAUCGAUCGCAAUAUUCCCUGGCCCAAUUCUUGACGACCAUUACAACCUUGACGAGGAUCUCCAGAACGUCUUGAUCGACAGCUGUAUACUCGCGAACGCCAGAUCUGCCAAGAUACUUGCGGCGAGAUCUUCCGCUCACGCCGAUCUGACCGGCGAGGAAUUCACAGCGAUAGUCUCGCGGAGUCGCGACUUUAUCGUGCAAACCGAGAUUCUAGCGGGUCAGAUGAUAUCUCCGCUAAGAGCCUCGCUCACAAACCAAGCCAGAUCAUUCCUGUCGGCAUUCCACAAUCAGCGCUUGCAAGCAGCGGCGAAACAUGUAGAGGAUGAACAAUGGUCCCAGGCAGAUAUUCCUGGUGUUACUUGCCAUGAGAUAGGCAAUCUUGUCUUGUCCGCGACCAAACAGCCAACAAAGGAACCCGAAUCUGGCAGUAGCGACGAAAAUCAUCAGGUCGAUCCGAUGGCAGUCAUGUCCAGCUCGCCGGCUAAAUCACUCGAUGUUGAAGAUCAGACCUUCAUUCUGGUUCCCGCUACGAUAAAAACCCUUGACAUGCUCAUUUCGUAUAUGCGACUGCUCGUCGAUCUGGAUAGUAUCGCAACAGACGUCAUGGCGAAGAUAGUCGAAUUUCUCAAGGCAUUCAAUUCCAGGACCUGUCAAGUUGUUCUAGGCGCUGGUGCGAUGCGAUCCGCAGGGUUGAAAAACAUCACCGCAAAGCAUCUUGCCCUUGCAUCGCAGUCCCUCUCCGUGAUGAUCACGUUGAUACCAUAUGUGCGAGAGUGCAUCAGACGUCACCUCAACACUAAACAAGCCAUCAUGCUUAUCGAAUUCGACAAGUUGAAACGUGAUUUCCAAGAGCAUCAAUAUGAGGUGCAUUCCAAAUUGGUCGCGAUCAUGGCGGACCGCCUGCAAAUCCACUUGAAUACACUCAAGGCAAUUGAUUGGGAGUCUAUAUCUUCUGACAGCGUGAAUGGAUACGCCGAGCUGCUCGUGAAAGAGUCGACAACACUGCACAAGGUACUUUCCAAAUAUUUGGCGAAAGCUACCGUGAAUGGGAUCAUGCUGCAGGUUGUCGAAGCCAUUCGUCAGCGCAUCGGGUCAGAAUUCAGUCAAUACGAGUUGCGCUCAGACGCGGCCAAGCGAAGAAUGGAGGCAGACGCAGCGUUCCUCGUUGAAGGUCUGGGCAAAUUAACGGGGGACGAUCUACCAUCCCCAGUCUACGAUCUUCUAACGCUAGUGAGGGCGAAAGCCGUGCCAAAGAAGGCAACGCAAAUGAGCGCCUCUUUCAACAACUUCCUUCGGAGAGAUAAUCGUCAGAAAGCAACAGAAGCCACUCCUGUUGUCUUGGCAGAAAGCGAACAGAUGCUAGACGCUAAAGCCGAAGCCUUGGCUCUUGAACCCGACUCGCCACUGGCGGAGCAGAACAACGAUGAGAGUGUCCCGGUGGGCGAUUCUGGCUCGACCCUGAAUUCGGAAGGGUCGAUGUCUGAUCAGUUUGAAGAGCAACCCGGGUCGCCCACGCUACCGUCUGACCCCGCUGUGGAGGAUGUCCAGCCAAGUCUAGGAAAUCGCACAUCGGAAGGUGUGGAAGCUGCCGACUAUUUCUCGGUAAUGGGCGUCUCGCCAAGCGCGAACGAGCAGGAGAUCAAAAGGGCUUACAGAGGAUUGAUGGUCCAGCUUCAUCCUGAUAAGCACAAUACCGAGGCGAGGACUGGGCCGGGCACGACAAUACAGUCUGAAGAUGACUUGAAAGCGCAACGCCUGCAACUCGUUUUUGAGGCGUAUCGCGUCCUUUCAAACCCUGAAGCUCGUCUCGCUUAUAUCGCCCAACGAUCUCACAGUGCAAGUCUUCUGCCGACGAUCGGGUCCUCAAAGCCCGCGACGAGAGAAAUCUCGCUUGACGAAUUCGAUUUCCACGAGCCGCCCGAAACCCCGGAUCGGCCGACAACUGCUACUGACGUAGCAUACUAUUCGCAUCCUUGCCGGUGCAGUCAUGAACUUGUGAUCACGGAAGAAGAGCUGGAGAGUGGACACGAUCUCAUAGAUUGUGCGGGAUGCGGCGAACGUAUAGGUGUACGAUACCAACGUGCUGAAGAAAUUGAAGAAAAUGUAUAAGCAAUCCUCAGCCGUAAUGACAUGUGCACUGCGACCAGCAGAUCAAGCAAACCCGAUUAUCUUCCGCUGAUCUCAGAAGGCAGACCUGGCCAGUGUUAUCAUCACGAGUCACAGCCGGUCAUAAAUGGAGAGGAGAGCACCGGCCAGUUUGCAGCAAAUUCGAUG